ACUAACGAAGAUAUCUUUUUUUCAGUCUUAAUCAAGGAACCACACGGGCAAAGUGAACGCUUGGCCGGCGAGACUAAAAAGCGCCCUCAAGCCCGGCGACUCAAGGAACAUUUCGAAUCAGCUGUCGAGGGAUUCAUCUUCCCUCUGCAAUCGGAAGACGAUGUCGAUCGCUUGGAAUGGAACGUGCGCGAAAAUCAGGAAAUUCGAGAUCAAUAUGUGGCCUUCCUUCAAAAUGUCAAACUCUUCCGCCAAGAUCUGGCCAACGUUUUCACCGACCUGUUCGCCGACGAAGCGCUGCUCGGUUACAACUACUACGGCAAAACCAACCGAGCGAAGAAGAAGAAAGCAAUGAAGAAGUAUAUCAUCUUCACUGACUGCAUGAUUGACGCUUGGCAUACUCAUGGAGUCAACGAGGAAGUCCUGCGAAUCUCAAUCGUAAAGGUUAUUGCUCGACUGAAUCACAAACUGCGCAGCCGUGGAUAUCGGAGGAAACCUGUGAAUGUUGUACUGCUGGACGAUGAUGAUGAUGCUGCUGCCGGCGAAGUAGAGCUGUAUGAAGUUGCUUAAUCUGAAUUUUGCACCGUAAACUGGCUAUCAAUCUAGCAUUGCAUACGAGCGUCAAAAUUACCUUAUUUGGCAAA